CAGUAACAAAAACAGAGAGAAGAAAAACUCAAAGGAAAGUACGAGAAGAAUCUUUCCCAGAAACUUUACAGAAGAUGUCGGGGAGAGGAAAAGGAGGAAAGGGGCUGGGAAAGGGAGGCGCGAAGAGGCAUCGGAAGGUGCUCCGCGACAACAUCCAGGGGAUAACGAAGCCGGCGAUCCGACGGCUGGCGAGGCGUGGCGGAGUCAAGCGAAUCAGCGGUCUGAUCUACGAGGAGACUCGCGGUGUCCUCAAGAGCUUCCUCGAGAACGUCAUCCGCGACGCCGUCACCUACACCGAGCACGCUCGCCGGAAGACCGUGACCGCCAUGGACGUCGUCUAUGCUCUCAAGCGCCAGGGCCGUACUCUCUACGGCUUCGGAGGUUGAUUUGGUUCUGAUGCUUCUCCUCUAGAGCUAGGGUUGGGGUUUGGGAUUUUCAUCCCUUUUGUUACCGAAAUGAUAGAUGAAUUCUCUGUAUUACCAAGGGUAUAUUGGUGUAUUUAUGCUCUUAUUAGGUUUUGGGUUUUUUUGUAUUUAGGAUUAGGGCUUUUGAAAACAAAUUUACCAAAUACUCAUCUGUUUUUGGUCACAGCUGAAGCUUAGCACAACUAAGAGCAAUUAUUUUAAAAGCACAACAAUUCUAAACUUGCUUUUAUCUAUGUGGAUUCUAGAUUGAGGAGGAGAAUCUGCUGAAAGAGGAUUGUAAUAUAAGAGGAGGAAGGGGUAAACUUUUUUUCAAAUAUACCACAUGCAUUAUGAUAAUGCAAUGUAAUUUGACUUUCAUGUUGAUCUGAAUGGAUCAUCCUUUUUACUGAGUCAACUUGGAUAGCAAGUUAAAUUCGUCUCAAUAGGUCAUGUAUUUUUAUUG